AUGUUCAAGUCAUCUACAUUCGAUAAAACGUUGGAAACGGCAACAUCCCACUUGAAAUUAGAGCCUGAUUGGACAUCAAUAAUGAUAAUUUGCGAUCUGAUUCGCCAAAAUGAUGUUAGUGCAAAACAGGCUGUUAGUCAGAUUAAAAAGAAGAUGUUGUCACAAAAUCCUCAUACAGCACUUUAUGCUUUAAUGGUACUUGAAAGUAUCGUCAAAAAUUGCGGUGCUCCUGUUCAUGAAGAAAUAUCCAAUAAGGCUAAUUGCGAAGCAUAUACGAACUUAGUUCAGACAACAAUUCAUGAGAAUGUUAGGAAUAAAAUGCUAGAAUUAAUUCAGACAUGGUCGCAUGCUUUUCGUUCAGCAUACAAAUAUCGGGGUAUAAAGGAUACUAUGAAUAUUUUGAAGACAGAAGGCUAUAAAUUUCCAGAAAUGAAGGACAUAUCAGAUAAACUGUUUGCUUCUGAUGUAGCACCCGAAUGGGCUGAUGGUGAUGUAUGUCAUCGCUGUAGAGCAUCAUUUUCAAUUGUUAAUCGAAAGCACCACUGUCGUAAUUGUGGUCAAGUGUUUUGUGGACAGUGUUCUGGAAAGUUUAGUAUAAUUCCAAGAUUUGGAAUCGAGAAGGAAGUGCGUGUUUGUGAUGGAUGUUUUGAUCAGUUACAAAAGCCAGUGGUUCCUGUAGUUAAAAAGGACGAAGAUGAGCUUCCAGCUGAAUAUUUGACAAGUUCUUUAGCUCAACAGAAUCAACAGCCAGUUCGUAAAACGGACGAAGAAUUGAGAGAAGAAGAAGAAUUGCAAUUGGCACUUGCAUUAAGUCAAUCUGAAGCAGAAUCAAAAAAGAAGCAAGCAUUUGCUAAACGAAAUUAUCCAAAAUCGCUAUCUCCGGAACCGCCACAAAGAUCUCCAACUCCACCUGAAACUCCUUCAGAUCCAGAAUUAGCAAGAUAUUUAAAUAGAAAUUAUUGGGAACAACGACAAGUUCAAGAAACAAUGAGCCCAUCUGCUCCGAGUCCAAUGCCUUCAUCGAUUAUUAGCUUAAAUAUCCAAAAAACAUCUUCCGAGAAAGACAUUGAAAUCGAUGAGUUUACUCAAUCAAUGCGCACUCAAGUAGAAAUCUUUGUUAAUCGCAUGAAAUCGAAUUCAAGCCGUGGACGUUCAAUUGCAAAUGAUACGAGUGUUCAGACACUUUUUAUGAAUAUUACAUCCAUGCACAGUAGAUUGCUUUCUUAUAUUAAAGAAAUGGAUGAUAAACGUCUUUGGUACGAGCAAUUACAAGAUAAAUUAUCUCAAAUUAAGGAUUCCAGAGCAGCUUUGGAUGUAUUAAGGCAAGAACAUAUUGAAAAAGUGCGUCGCAUUGCAGAGGAACAAGAACGACAACGACAAAUGCAAAUGGCGUAUAAACUUGAAAUUAUGCGUAAAAAGAAGCAAGAAUAUUUACAAUAUCAGCGACAAUUAGCCUUGCAGAGAAUACAAGAACAAGAAAGGGAAAUGCAAAUGAGACAAGAACAACAAAAAGCUCAAUACAUGAUGGGUGGCAAUAAUUAUCAGUCAUUUAUGCCUUCAACUGGUUCGCCUUUACAUGCUCCGAACCAACAGCCACAGCAAUUUGCAGGUCAAUUUCCUGGAAACUUUGUAAACCCCCAAGCAAUUUACGGACAAAUUCCAAUUAACAGUCAGAUGCCAUCAAUAAAUCAAGGUUAUCCGAUGCAGCAAGGUCCUCAACAAGGACAGCAAAAUAAUCAGCAGUCACAAGUUGGACCUCCAAAUCCUCAAAGUGCUUUUAUGCCAAUUAAUCCAGCACAGAGCUCGAUCCAGCCUGGAAAUAUUCCAACCACAACAUUACCAGGCAUGAAUGCACAGACUACUCAAAAUGGUCAUCAGCAACCAAUGAUGAUGCCACCUGGCUCGCAAGUUCCUCCUCAACAAAUGAUGCAAGUUCCACCAAUUAUGUCUACUACAAUUGCGCCAUCGUCAAUGAUGCAAAGCAUGCAAAAUCCAAAUUUCCAGCAGCCUCAAGUUCCCCAAAUGCAGCAACAACCCCAAAUGAUGAAUCAACAAUUCCAGCCAAUCCCUAUGCAUCAAAACAUGGUUCCACAACAGCAGCAACAACAACAAUCUACUCAAAUGCAGCAUGCUAAUCAAAUAACUCAAUCUUCGCCACAACAAGUUGCACCACCACCUCCAGUAGAGCCAGAAAAACCAAAAGAAGUCGAAACAGCGGAAUUAAUUAGCUUCGAUUGA